AUGAAAGAAGCAGCCAAGUUAAGUUUUGGACAUCUCCGAAAUAAUUCUUCCGAGAGCCACAACUGUGCCAAAAGCAUCUUGACCUCAGACAGGCUGCAGAUAGUUGUGACCCUUUCGGAGUUCUUUAACGAAACCUGGGAGGCAGCCAACUGUGCAAAUUGUUUAAAGAACAACAGUGAGGGAUUAACAAAUUCUACUGUAGAAUUCCUGGAUUUAUUCAAUAAAUCUCUGACGUGUUUUGAACAUAACCUUCAGGGACAAACCUUCUAUCUGUCACCAAAUAACUACACAGAAGUAUGUAAAAACUGCAAUGAAAGCUACAAAAUGUUGAAUGACCUGUAUAACAACUUGCAAAGGAUGAACAGGCAAGGUGGUGAGUCUGGGCACUCUGCACACUUGUGUAUCGACGUGGAAGAUGCAAUGAACAUCACUCGGAAGCUCUGGAGCAGGACUUUCAACUGUUCUGUUCCCUGCAGUGAUACAGUCCCCGUGAUUGCAGUUUCAUCCUUUAUUCUCUUCCUACCUAUUGUUUUUUAUCUUAGUAGCUUCCUUCACUCGAAGCAGAAGAAACGGAUACUCAUUUUGCCCAAGCGCAUCCAGUCAAAUGCCAGUCUUGUGAACAUCCAAGAAAAAUGCAGCUGAGCUGCAAAACAAAACCUGAGAACUGCUGCUGGUAUACAGUGGGUACAAUUGUGUUGGAAUGAGGCCGGCACAAAAGAGGAGUUAAUUAUGGUUUAGUGUAAUGAUACAGAGCAACACAAGUUAAACAAAAUGCUGUCUGACUUCUAAGCGAGGAUAUUAACAAACAUGGCAAGGCAGGGCUGUGUGAUGCUGUGCGGACUCUGGUUUUGAAAAAUCUGUGGAUUUUUUCAGUCUUGGGCUGAACCUGGUGUUUUUCUGUUUCUAAGCUUUUGUAUUUCUCAUCAAUAUAAUAGUUGCACUUCCCUUGCAUGGUUUUUUUCCCCUCUAAUUUAUUGUAUUUGUUUCAUAGAAACAUGAGAUUCUGAAUCUUUUUGAGGUGAUUUUUAUAGACAGACAAAACUUGAAAUAUUUGGUGUUCCUGCUUGAAACAUUAUUUUUAUUCGACGUAACAUUCACUUUUGCCAGACUUGAGAUGGAGAGGAAACCUUUAAAAAGGAAAGUUCCCAUCUUUCUGAUACCUCUCUAAAGUCAUGCUGCUGGUCUCUGUUGGCAAAAAAAAAAAAAAA